CGUAAUAUCAAAACUGUCGUAAAAUGUGAAAACGCCGCCUUGUCCCUGACGUAUCUGUACCUGCGCAGUGCGUUAUUAUCAAUAUUGGGUGACAGUCCCGCGGUUUCGGUGAAAGUUUUAUGGUAUUUGGGUCAAGGAUCGAUCAAAUACAAACACGGUCUUCAAGAUGGAAGAACCGAUGGAAGAACAGAGUGUAGAAGAGACGUCAGUGAAACAACCACAGACUUCAGAGGGUGAUCAGAAGCCUGCGGAACGCAAGAAGCUCCCCUCCCUUCUGCGGCCAGUAGUUAUUGUUCCCUCUGCAGUGAUGGGUGCCAUCAGUAUGGAGGAGUAUGAGAUGCAGUACUGGCCAAAGUUAGAGAAUGCCAUUGUACAGCUGCUAACUCAGACGCCUGGAGACUACAUCCCUAUCUCAUAUGAACAGAUGUACAGCUGUGUGUACAAGUGUGUUUGUCAACAGCAUUCAGAGCGCAUGUACAACGACCUGAUGAGCCUGGUCAUAGGGCACCUACAGAGAGUAUCACAAGAGCUCAAGAGCUCUCCCCCAGAUGCAUAUGUGGAGAGAUUUAAUUUUGCAAUGACACAGUACAUGCAGGCAUUGGGAGGAAUUGCACCCAUCUUCAAUUACAUGAAUCGUUUUUAUGUAUCUAGCAAACUGAACACAGACCUGAAGGAGGAGCUGCAAAAGCUGUUCACACUCCAUGUUGCAGAACAACACAUAUCUACGUUAUUCCCUAUGUUACAAGAAGCACAGAAUAGGCCAUUUGCAGUGUCACCCCCAACAAUGGCAAAUAUUAUCAAGACCCUGCACUCAUUAAGACCAGACUUAGCGCCACAGUAUCCAGAUCUUUUUGCACGGUUCAUUCCCAAUGUCCUACCACAAGCAUCAGCAGACGACCUGCCAAGAAUAGUGGAGGAGACAAGACGAUGGCAACAGGAACUUUUGGAAAGGGAGGGUUUCGCAAGGGGAGAAACAAGUAGGAAGAGGUCAGGAGAUGAACUGCAAACAAAACCAACACCUCUCAGCUUCAUGCCAAAGAACAGCUGUUAGCAGUGUUUGAACUUUUCUCAGCUGCAGUGCUACGACACUCCACGUGUACAGCCUUGUGUUUCCAUAUAGCGGAGUCACUUUAUCACACCUAGCAGGACAGCUGAACCCUUCCAGUUGCUGUAUUUACCCUGUCCUUGUUGAAGAUGAUUCAAAUACAGAAACUUAUCAUUAAUUUGACCUUUAACCCAUGGGAGAAGAUACCGGUAGCAAGUAUUGACAUUAUUUUGCAAACAAUAGUGCAAUAUGUUAUUUGCACAGCCAUACUGCCCGAUCUAUAACAAUCUUCACAUCUACUUGUCUUUUGGUUUAAAAUGGCAUGAGUAAAAGUGAGUGUGUGCUUACAAUUACAUGCCAAAGUGACCUACAAGCCUUAAGCAUCAUUAAUCACCUACAUGUAUUACAUGUGACAUGUAGAAUUUGUGAAAAUGUUCUCAGGUGCUAUGUUUUUUAGAAGUCACUAUCUUUUAGUUGUUGUUGAUUGGAGCUGAUACUAAAAUUAUUGCAAGGUUGUAUCAUUUCAUAACAAUGGAUAUAUGACUUAUAUGUAGUAUUAACAGGUCACAACUGUGGGGUUAUUUUUCUACCAUCAUUCGGCCAAGCUUGUAAUCUUACAGGAUUAGUUGUCACCCAAAUGUUCAAAAUGUAACAGAUCAACCAAGCACAGUAGAAUUUAACCAAAACUGUCCGAUUUUUAUACUUACAUUUGCCGUUCACAUGUACAUGUAUAUGGCCAGCCUCCGAUUUAAUGCAUUGGUAAAGGGAUUUGGCAGAAAUGGCAAGAAAAUGUAUCAAGAUAACAAUGGACAUGAUAACUUGGAAGUCAUAUGUACAAUGGAUGGUUAACAUUCCUAGCUCCUGGAGAUGUUGAAAUUCUUUUUGUUCCCUCGUUAAGAAUUAUUGGAACAACUGUUGCAGGCUGUACUGGGUCAUGAACACUGAGCUCUAUCUUGUGAUGUGAGCAUUCUGCAAACAGAAGCAAUAAAAGUUCUGAUGUGUGAGAAACAGUCACCUACAUGUAUAUUGCAGAAUGUCAAAGCUUACAUCUAGUCAAGUAAAUGUCAGUAAACUAAAUAAGUGGAUCUGAUGAUAGAUUUUUACUCACUACCUUUUGUAGGUCUGGGUGGCACAAUCUAGUAUUGAAGAGGUCUGAUGAUGGUGGAGCAAUUGCAGAUGCAGUUUUAACACUUGCGUUCAAUAAAAAAAGGCAUAUGAAGUUGAUACCAUGUUUGUCAAUGUUCCAAUCAAGAUCACACUUAAAGACUCCAGCCUUUUUGUCUCCUUGUAGAUGUGCUUUAUUUUUAUUUUUGACAACAAUGCUUAUGGUAUGUGAGUGUUCAUAGAGCUAUGUUCUGUAUGGUUUUCACCAUUAACAACAAAUUAACAACAGUGCAAGAUUUAAAGGCAUAUUUUGGAUCAAUGCCAAAUUGUUACAAGGUAUGUCUAGGAUGAAUAAAGGUGGCAUUUAGAUUUAGAUUUCAGAAUCGCCUACUACAUUUUUUUGUAUAUUGGUCUGCAAUGCACUUACUGAAAUAUAUGAGACAUAAUCUGAUAUGAUAUUUCUGUGUUCGGUACAUGUACCGGUAGUUGGUACUUUAGGCCUUAUUUUAGGUUGUUCUUAAUGUACAGAAAAUCACAUAAAAAGAAGAAGUCUACACAGGCUUGUAACUGAAUAUACAGUAUACUCAGCAGAUAAGUGCCUUCAUUCUAUUCUUUUAGUCGGUAAGAAAUGCUACCAUGCCAGAUUUGAGUCCGAUGGUCUGAAAAUUGCUAUGAUCAUGAUAAACUUAUCAGAAAAUUGUUUGAAUAUAGUUCCAGAUUCUGUCUGUGGUGUCCCUUAAGAGUUGUUUCUGUCCUACCCUUGUAAACAUGGCCCUUCUUUUCUGUUUGACCCUUACAUUAUUACCAAGCCUAGGGCAUACAGAUGUUCAAAUUAUGCACAUUUGCAAGAAAUGCAGCAGGAAAACAAGCUCAUGGAAGGCACACUAAAACAGACUACAUUGCUUUUAAUCAAUGGGAAAAUAGACUAGUUGAACAGUGCAGCUGCAGACACAAAGUAUCUUACAUUCAUUUGAGUAUAGACUGAAUGAACAGACUGGUAUAGCAGUAAACUUCAUUAGUUCUUCUAAGUAUGCUUCAGAUGAAUUUGAUUUAAAUGAACAGCUAAGUCUCGUGUAUGCAAUCUCUUCAUUAAACUUUUUUUUUUGGUUCACAAUGAUCAAGGCAUUCCAUGCACUGCAACUUGCAAUAGCUUUCUUUUCUUUGAAAUUGAUUUGCAAUGUGGAAGUUUUGUUGCUAAGGCCAAGGACGUUAUAUCUGAUAUAAUGUCCUUGCUAGGGCCAUGUUGAUUUGAUGGACAUUUUCUGUGAACCCCAAAACUGCUUGUGUGAGAAUAAAAA